CGCGGGUGCGGGCAGAAGAGCAGUUGGAGCUUCGGUCUUGGGGCGGAAGGAGCUGGAGGGGGCGGCGGCGGCGACGGCGGCGGCGGCGGCGUCCGUGACGCCGCGCGAGGGCCCGCGUGUUAAAGCUGAGAGCGUCCGGGCGGCGGACGGCUGGCAGCGGGCCGCGCGGCGCGCGCCGGCCCCGGGGCGCAGACAUGGCGUCCCGGGUGCUGCUGCUGCUUCGGCAGGGCGUGUGGGCCGCGCUCACCGGGGGCUGGUACCACGACCCGGACCAGAGCAAGUUCACUAACAGCUGCCACCUCUACCUGUGGCUGUUCUUGCUGCUGCUGCCCCUGGCCCUGCACCUGGCUUUUCCUCCAAAUGCCAUCACUGUAUUUUUUUACUGCAGCUCAGUGACAAUAUUCUUCACAAUAAUCAAAUUGAUCAGUUAUCGCCUACACCUCAUGUUUGAUAAAGGAGAAGUGAUUCAGCAAAGGCCCUCCAGAAAGAAGGAAAAGCCAAAUAAAGACAAAGAGGCCAUCAGUGACCACAUAACCAAUCAUAAAAAUACAGGCAAUAAUGGGCGGAUUAACAACGGCAAAAAGGAAGAGGCCAGUCGAACCCUCUCCACGCCUCCCGUCCACGGCAGCUCCAGAGGACAGAGCAUAAACUCUCAUCAUUCAUCUGGGCUCCUGGAGCUGCCAGAACAGGAAACAGUGGAAGAUCUCAAAGGUGUCAUUGUGUCAGAUGACCAGCCCGUAGCACCAGUGUCAUCUACAGCACCUGGGAUGAAAACGGAACGCUUACCUGCUUCUAAAGGGCACGUGCCGGAAACCAUGACCACGUCAGCAAUACCAGUGAAACCAGUCGUGGCAGAAACUUGCAUCAGUGAUAAAGGGAAGGAAAAAGGGGGCCAGGGGCAGCCCCCCUUCUGCCACAGAUCCGAGGGUGGCUUGGUGGACAAAGAAGCCGUGAAGAAGGUGCCCUACCUGUCUUUGUCUCAAUACGACUUACUGGAGACGGAUGUUUCUUUCCAGCCUUGGGGGAGUGAGAAUUCCGUCCCGAUCCCAGAACCUGGGAAUUUUGCCUCCAUCAGGGAACAGUUGCAAAGCAAGUCGCCUCAGGACAGCCUGAGCAGUAGCUGCCCUCAGUGUAACACCGUCAUCGCCAGACCUGGGAGGGAGCAGGUUUCCCAGCAGGUGGACCCACCCUUGAACCAGGAGGUGGAUGACUCAGAUAAUGAGGUCGCUGUCACUCUUAUAGAUACUUCUCAACCUGGAGACCUGCUGAGUCUGCACGAGCCCAUUAAGAUUGUCAUCACCAUGAGCAGUACCCCCAACUCCAUGACAGACUUGGAAAGUUCUCUUCACCUGAAGGUGGUUGGUACUGAGGCAACCGGCUUCACGUGUGAUGCCGAGCCAGUUCCCCCAGGGGCUGCUGGUCCUGAGAAACAGAUGAGAAUUCCCAUCAUCACCCUUGAGCCGUCUGAGGGUGGAGGAGGAGGCAUGGUGUGUCCCGAAGGCAAUGGAAGUGACAGGACGCCGGAGAGAUUGAUGGUGGAGGCGUCUUCCAAUCCAUGUUCUGGCUAUGAAUCUGGGGAUGGGGGCGAUGCCACACAGGACCACAGUCCUUCCCCAGGAGACCCCUGUACAACCCCGCCACCCACGCCUGAUGUGGUCUCCGAGUCUGAGGGGGGCAUGGAAGUCCAGGCUAAUCUUGACCCAUCAUCUUGUAGAACCAGCCAGGAAAAGAGACGCUCCCAAGUCCUCAGCGUAGACAGCGGGACAGACGUCUUCUUGAGCAAAAGUUCCGCAGAAGUUAUUAACGAUAAAGAGCAAACAAUGCCAACUUCCAAAUCUGACCUGGAGGCCAAGGAAGGACAAAUACCAAAUGAAUCCAACUUCCUGGAAUUUGUCUCCCUGUUAGAAUCAAUUAAUACUUCCAAGGUGGUGGUAUCCAACCAAAAGAAUGAGCCGGCAGAGCAGAGCAAAGACAGCGGGCUUCCUGGAGAUAACCAUUCCCAGGAGAAAAAGGAGGAAAUCCUAGAAAGUGAGAAGCCCAGUGGACCCAACGCCAAGCAAGGAAAACCAGACGUGCAAAGUCAAGAGCACACCAGCACCAGCCCCGGGCUCACUGAGCCUGCCAAGAUCCCGACCCUUUUCCAGGGCAGUAGACAAAGGCAGAUAAUCUACAGGGUAACUUCCCAACAAGAUAGUUCUGUGUUGCAAGUCAUCAGUGGACCUGAAACAUCUGUGCAAGAUGAGAUGUCUGUGGAUGCGAUGCAUGUCUUUAUUGAUGAACAUGGGGAAAUUAAAUCCUGUUACUUAAAGUCUGGAAAUCAGAAAGAAGGCCCUUUCCAGCAUCAGCCAUCAAAUUAUGACGGCUUCUCUCACGCUGGAGACAUACAGAGCAGCUCGUCCAGUACCACAACUUCCGAGAGUCAAGAUCCUUCUUCAGGGGACCCUGUGGUCAGUGCCUUGCAACAACAGCUGUUGCUGAUGGUGGCUCGGAGGACCCAGUCAGAAACCCCACGGCAUCUGAGUCAGGAUCUAGAAGACUCUUCCUGUUCUUCCACACAAGGAAAAUUUAACCGAGAGCAGUUUUACAAGUUUAUCAUCUUCCCUGGCAAGUGGAUUAAGGUCUGGUAUGAUCGCCUUACCUUGCUGGCGUUACUUGAUCGAACUGAAGAUGUCAAGGAAAACGUGUUGGCAGUUUUACUGAUUGUCCUGGUUUCCCUGCUCGGAUUUCUGACACUGAACCGAGGCUUUUGCAAAGACAUGUGGGUGCUUCUCUUCUGCCUCGUCAUGGCCAGCUGCCAGUACUCCCUGUUAAAGAGCGUUCAGCCUGACCCCGCCUCGCCAAUCCACGGACACAACCAAAUCAUAACAUAUAGCAGACCAAUCUAUUUUUGUGUGCUGUGUGGCCUUAUCUUGCUGCUUGAUACUGGGGCCAAAGCCAGGUACCCUCCCACUUACAUUGUGUAUGGCCUGAAGCUCUUCUCUCCAGGGUCUCUCCAGUCGGCUAGGGACUUCUUAAUAGUAUUUCUAUAUUGCUUCCCUGCAAUCUCCCUCCUUGGGCUCUUCCCGCAGAUCAACACUUUCUGCAUCUAUCUUUUGGAGCAAAUUGACAUGCUGUUUUUUGGAGGUUCUGCUGUUUCGGGGAUGCUGUCGGCCGUUUACAGCGUGGCCCGGAGUGCUUCUGCUGCAGCUGUGCUGCACGUGUUCUGCUUCAGCGCCGUGAAGGAACCCUGGAGCACGCAGCACAUCCCAGCACUGUUCUCUGCCUUCUGUGGCCUCCUGGUUGCGCUUUCCUACCAUCUGAGCAGACAGAGCAGCGACCCCUCUGUGCUCCUGUCCUUUAUUCAGUGCAGAUUGCUUCAUAAGUUUUUACAUCAAAAUCUGGAAGAGUUGGCUGCAGACCCUCUCCCCAAGAAGAUGAAAGAUUCUGUGAAGGAUAUCUUAAAAUCGGAUCUCAUCAUCUGCUCGGUGGCUGCCAUUCUGUCCUUUGCGGUCAGUGCCAGCACUGUGUCCCUGUCCUUGCGGCCGUUUCUCAGCAUCGUGCUGUUUGCGCUGGCCGGCACUGUGGGGUUUGUAACCCACUACCUGCUCCCACAGCUCCGCAAGCAUCACCCGUGGAUGUGGAUUUCACACCCCGUCCUUAAAAACAAAGAGUAUCAGCAGCGGGAAGUGAGAGAUGUCGCCCAUUUAAUGUGGUUUGAAAGACUCUAUGUUUGGCUUCAGUGUUUUGAAAAAUACAUCUUGUACCCAGCAAUCAUUUUGAAUGCCCUUACUACGGAUGCAUUUUCAAUAAGCAAUUACCGGAGACUUGGUACCCACUGGGACAUUUUCCUGAUGGUCAUAGCGGGCAUGAAGCUGCUGCGGACCUCCUUCUGUAACCCAGUCCACCAGUUUACUCACUUGGGCUUCACCGUCAUCUUCUUCCAUUUCGACUACAAAGACAUUUCAGAGAGUUUCUUACUGGAUUUCUUCAUGGUGUCCAUUUUAUUCAGCAAGCUCGGGGACCUGCUUCACAAGCUACAGUUCGUCAUGACCUACAUGGCUCCCUGGCAGAUGGCUUGGGGUUCCUCAUUUCACGUGUUUGCUCAGCUCUUUGCAAUUCCUCAUUCUGCCAUGCUUUUCUUUCAGGCGUUUGCCACGUCGAUCUUUUCUACUCCACUGAGCCCGUUUCUUGGGAGUGUCAUUUUUAUCACAUCGUAUGUCAGGCCAGUGAAAUUCUGGGAGAAAAACUACAAUACAAGACGCAUGGAUAAUUCCAACACAAGACUGGUGGUCCAGAUUGAAAAGGAUCCAGGGAGCGAUGGCAACAACCUCAAUUCCAUCUUUUACGAACACUUGACAAGGGCCCUCCAGGAGUCCCUCUGUGGAGACCUCGUCCUUGGCCGAUGGGGUAACUACAGCUCUGGAGAUUGCUUUAUAUUGGCUUCAGACUACCUCAAUGCUUUCGUUCACCUGAUUGAAAUUGGCAAUGGUCUUGUCACCUUUCAACUUCGGGGACUGGAAUUCCGAGGAACCUACUGCCAGCAGAGGGAGGUGGAAGCCAUCACAGAGGGCGACGAGGAUGACAGAGGUUGCUGCUGCUGCAAACCAGGUCACCUGCUCCACCUGUUGUCCUGCAACGCCGCCUUUAACCUCCGCUGGCUCACCUGGGAGAUCACGCGAGCACAGUACAUCCUGGAGGGCUACAGCAUCAUGGACAACAACGCGGCCACCAUGCUGCAGGUUUUUGACCUCCGAAGGAUCCUCAUCCGAUACUACAUCAAGAGUAUAAUAUACUAUAUGGUGACGUCCCCCAAACUGUUUUCCUGGAUCAAAAACGAAUCCCUUCUCAAGUCCCUGCAGCCCUUUGCCAAGUGGCAUUACAUUGAGCGUGACCUUGCAAUGUUCAACAUGAACAUCGAUGACGACUAUGUCCCGUGUCUCCAGGGGAUCACUCGAGCCAGCUACUGCAACGUGUAUCUGGAGUGGAUUCAGUACUGUGCACGGAAGAGGCAAGAGCCCUCGAAGCACCUGGACAGUGACGAGGACUCUCCUCUGGUGACUUUGUCGUUCGCACUCUGCAUCCUGGGCAGGAGAGCUCUGGGGACUGCGGCUCACAACAUGGCCCUCAGCCUGGAUUCUUUCCUGUACGGCCUCCACACCCUCUUCAAAGGUGACUUCAGAAUAACAGCCCAGGAUGAGUGGGUGUUUGCAGACAUCGACCUGCUGCACAAAGUUGUUGCCCCGGCUCUCAGGAUGUCCCUGAAGCUGCACCAGGACCAGUUCACUUGCCCCGACGAGUACGAGGACCCCGUGGUCCUCUACGAGGCCAUACAGUCCUUUGAGAAGAAAGUGGUCAUCUGCCAUGAGGGCGACCCGGCCUGGAGGGGCGCCGUGCUGGCCAACAAGGAGGAGCUGCUGACCCUGCGGCACGUGGUAGACGAGGGCACGGACGAGUACAAGGUCAUCAUGCUGCACAGGAGCUUCCUGAGCUUCAAGGUGAUCAAGGUGAACAGAGAGUGUGUCCGUGGCCUUUGGGCGGGGCAGCAGCAAGAGCUCAUCUUCCUCCGCAACUGCAAUCCCGAGCGCGGCAGCAUUCAGAACCACAAGCAGGUCCUCCGGAACCUGAUCAGUUCCUCCUGCGACCAGCCCCUGGGCUACCCCAUGUAUGUCUCCCCGCUCACCACCUCCUACCUAGGGACCCACAGGCAGCUGAAGAACGUCUGGAGCGGACCCGUCACCUUGGACAGCGUCAGGGCUUGGUUCCGAGCCAAGUGGUUAAGGGUGCGGAAGGACUGCGAUGCCGCCGGCCAGCCCGGCGCUGGCAACAGCCAGGAUGCCGACGGCGGGGGCGCCCCGCCCGUAGGCGGCAGCAGCGCCCCCAGUGGUGAGAGUCGGGAGAGCAGCUCGGAACAGCCCAGAAAGGAUGGAAGCCGCCACCGGUCACCCCCUGAAGGGACAAGGACGACAGGCAGGAGAAAAGGCAGGACUCAGUCCGUCCAGGCCCCCAGGGUCUUAAGCCAAACGCCGCCCAUCCCGCGCUCAUCCGGCCCCACCGUGGACAGCCACCCGGCCUUCCUGCAGACGUCCACGUCGGUCCACGAGCUGGCCCGGCGGCUCUCGGGCAGCCGGCUGUCCCCGUGCACCUCGGCGGCAUCCCUGCGCUCCCAGCCCCCGCCCGCCCCCGCUGCCGGCCACCUGAGCGUCCGCGAGCGGGCCGAGGCCCUCAUCAGGUCCAGCCUGGGCUCGUCCACCAGCUCCACCCUCAGCUUCCUCUUUGGCAAGAGGAGCUUCUCGAGCGUCCUGGUCAUUUCCGGGCUGUCUGCCGCCGAGGGGGGUAACACCAGCGACACCCAGUCCUCCAGCAGUGUCAACAUCACCCUGGGCCCCUCGGCCAGGACCACCAGCCAGCCCGCACGGCACUUUUCCGAGCCGUGCGAACCCACGGAGGCCACCGAGCAGGGGCUGCUUCGAGAUCGCCACGCGGCCGAGAACCUGCGGGUGAUGUGCAGAAGGGCAAGCCAGGAGGACAUGGGCCUGGACGACACGGCCUCCCAGCAGAGCGCUUCCGAUGAGCAGUAGCUGAGCUCGGGCCGGAGAAGCCACGCCGUUGGGGAGGGACGCAAGCCACCCCCCCCAGCUUCUCCCCUGUGCUCCCCAAACUAAACAGCACAAAGAAUGACAGCCGGGAGACCCAUCCUGUGGAAGAUAAGUGCUGUGUACAAAACAGAAUAACUUGAUCUCAGGUUCUUGAAAAAUAUCUCACGUGAUGAACACAAACCUUGACACCAGGCCUCCCUCCAGCUCUGGCGCUCGCGGCCCCAGAGAGGCGGGAUGCGGGAAGCACCCCUCCCACAACUGGAAAAUGCAAAUAAAAGCCAUGCUAACAUCUUAAGACAACUCAAAUAGAGCACAUAAAUAACUCCUUCCGGUCCUGAUGAAAAUAAGACAGCUGCAUGCUAAACAACUGGCAUUCUGUAUGUCACUGUUACUGUGGAAAAGAGGCGGACAGCAGUGCGUAUCACACCAUCAGCUGGUCCAAUGCGCUGAUGUCCAGUCUACAUAUAAACAUCUCACUUCUUUAUAAUAUUUAUGCAGAUGUUAAGUAAGUAUAAACCAGUGGCAGCUUUACUGCAAAAAAUGUGAUAGUGCAUGCAAUCACGUCCAAAGCAUCCUGUGAAAGGAGCCAACCAUCCCCAGCAACGUGAGUGCAGAAGUCUAGUUGAGGCAGGUCACGGAGGGCCGCCUAGGAAUGAUGUUAACUGCAGUCACAGCAACGUCCUGCAAGAAGCCAGGCCCCGUCUCGCCCAGCGCUCCUGUGUGCUUCCCAGGAAUGCACGCCUGUCUCCAAGCCAAGCAAUCUUUACCGCGUCACAGGACAUUUGCACAUACCUUUGUUUUUGGAAUUAAAAUGUUUACAGUUA